AUGUACAUCGGGGAGUUUUUCUGGAACAAGAGAUCAACCAGCUGUGAAAGAUCGCCUCCGCCGGUCGCACCGCUAUCCUCAUCCCAUGUCUUCCCACAAUGUCUCCGGUGCUCCGCGGCCAGUCAAGCUGUCGCCCGCUUUGGCUCGCUCUUCUCUGCGACUAUUGCUAAUCUAUCCAACCCGAUGAAUAGUGCCGGCCUUGAAGACGAGAUCGCUGACCAGAUUGGGUCAAACGGAUCUACCCCUACGGGCGUCGCAACCCCUCAGCCUGAUCCCGCCGACAAGCGUUUGCCUUCUAUCAUGCACAACUACUUCCAGGUUGGUUCUUCCUCUGGUGAUAAGUCGAGUUUGCCGCGAUUCUGGUCAUAUCUCUCGAAGCCCUUCCCGGUGGACCCCUCUCCAUCACAAAUCCCCUUUGAAGCAUCGCCCGAGCCCUCCACCGCUGCUGCUAGUACAAUCUCUGCCACCACGACUCGUGGCUCGGAUACUUCAUCCGAGCCUAAUGUCACGAUGGAGCAGGGAGAUGGAGAGGGGUUGAAGCAAUCAGAGUGUUUGCCCAUCACCAGCCUGCCCAUCCCGCCUCAUUCGCUGCUUCAACAGCCGGACGAGAUGGACCUCGGGCCAGGUCUCGACCACACUGAUGGGUCCUCCUUACUGCACAUGUUGAAGAAAUAUCUAGCCCCACCCACAUCCUCUACCCCUCCCUCCCGUCGCCAGACUUCGUUGCCCGUCUCCAGCGUCUCUGAUGAUACUGUUCUUGCCUCACAUUUCUCCAACCCAUCCAUUCCUUCUCCUCCCGCUCCCGCCGACGCCACCGCUGCUGCUGGUGUCGCCGCUAUCACCUCAGAUGCCUACACUCCCUCCGCAGCUCCUCUCCAUCAACACGAGUUGCCACACGUUUCCAUUUCUUCCGAGAAUCUGGCCAAGCUGACUCCCAACGCGCCCGAUGGGGCGCGUCUCAAGAAUACCCCACCCCUGACCCCUCGGGCCAUGUCCAACGAGGACGAGUCGGCCGACAAGAAGUCGAAAGAGUCCGCUCCCCACGCGAGUGAAUCCCAGGAAUCCCCGGCGAGUCAGACUGCAGAAGAAGAGCAACCAACGCCGACCGACGACAUGGACAGAUCCACAGAUGAGAUUGCGGUGAAACUCGAUGAAGCGUUCCCUCGCCGAUCCAGCUCCACUCCGCAAAAUGGAGCCCCCGUUGGUCCCAUCAAAGGAAAGCUGAUCGUGAAGAUCACCGAGGCGCGCGGGUUGCGCCCCAGCUUCGAUCCUUACGUUGUGUGUGUCUUUGAAUGGAACGAAUAUAUCUCAAAGGGAGCUCGAUCAGGCGAAGAGGAGAAGAAGCGGCGGCAGAUGCAGUCGGAUGCCGAGGCUGGUGUUCCCAUGGCAAUUCCGAUGAAGAGUCGUCAGAGCAGUUAUAACAGUGCCGCGGAUGGUCAUGACCACAAAGGUCGCACCGCCGUCACAGACCCUCACUGGGAUCACGAAGCAGUCUUUGACGUUUUGGGCGAUCAAUCCGAAGUGGAUGUCACGGUCUAUGAUCGGAGCAACCAGGAGGCUUUCCUCGGUCACGUGCGACUCGCGAUCAACUUGAAGGAGGACCACAGUCGGCUGGAAGGCUGGUUCCCUCUGGUCGCCCGUGCGGCCGGUGACAGUCAAGUGUCGGGCGAGAUUCACAUGCAGAUGCAGUUCGAGAUGACGGAGCGCCGGCAGGUGGGCCCGAACGACUUCCAGAUCUUGAAGCUCAUCGGCAAGGGCACCUUUGGUCAAGUGUACCAAGUGAUGAAAAAGGACACGCAGCGCAUCUAUGCUAUGAAGGUGCUAUCUAAGAAGGUCAUCAUUCAGAAGAAAGAAGUGAUCCACACCCUUGGCGAGCGCAACAUCCUCGUGCGUACAGCCAUGACCGCCUCACCCUUCAUUGUCGGCCUGAAAUUCUCCUUCCAGACACCCACCGACCUCUACCUUGUCACGGAUUACAUGUCAGGCGGUGAAUUGUUUUGGCAUCUGCAACGCGAGGGCCGCUUCCAGGAGGCGCGAGCGAAGUUCUACAUCGCCGAAUUGAUCUUGGCUCUUCAGCACUUGCACGACCACGACAUUGUCUAUCGGGAUCUGAAGCCCGAGAACAUUCUGUUGGAUGCCAAUGGACACAUCGCUCUGUGUGACUUUGGUCUCUCCAAGGCCAACCUGAGCCAGAACGACACCACCAACACAUUCUGUGGCACCACGGAGUACCUUGCCCCUGAGGUGCUUCUGGACGAGCAAGGCUACACGAAGAUGGUGGACUUUUGGUCUUUGGGAGUCUUGGUCUUUGAGAUGUGUUGUGGUUGGAGUCCCUUCUACGCCGAGGAUACCCAGCAAAUGUACAAGAACAUUGCGUUCGGCAAGGUGCGAUUCCCUCGCGAUGCGCUUAGCACGGAGGGUCGCAACUUCGUCAAGGGUCUCCUCAACCGGAACCCCAAGCAUCGCUUGGGCGCCAACGGUGAUGCGAAGGAGUUGAUGGCGCAUCCCUUCUUCCACGAUGUCGACUGGGUGGCCCUGGGUCGCAAGCAGGUCAUCCCUCCAUUCAAGCCAAAAUUACAGUCCGAUCUUGACACUUCUAACUUUGAUCCCGAAUUUACCACCGCUCUGGAGACGAACAACUCUCUGCACGAACGUGCUGCUGCCUUGGCCAACGGGUUGAUGCCUGGAUCUACCCCGUUGUCGCCUGGCAUGCAAGCCAACUUUAAGGGCUUCACAUUUGUGAAUGAGAGUUCCAUCGACCACCACUUGAAACUUGACCCUGCCGACCGCAUGGAAGAGGAUCCCCUGAACGAGGAACCUUGGCAGCGCACGCACCGAGCCACCAAUUCAAACGAUCAGCGCAUGAGCGGUGUUCAAAGGACAGAUGGGCCAGAGGCAGGGAUCUUUAACGUUGACGAUAAUUUCGACAUGUGA